AUGGGACGCCCUCCGAAAAAGCGACCCCGUGAGGACAAUGAUGCAUCUGUAUAUGACAUCGCAGACAAUGGGAUGUGGACUGAUAUAGAUGAUGGUGGGAUCUUGACUGAGGAAGCCGGGGCCGAAGCUACAGCAGCAUCAGAAGCCCUGCGACUUUGUCCUCCAGUGUACACCACACCAAUGCGAAUGCCACAGGCCUUUCCUAAUCUAUUAUCUACUGACGAUAGCCACAAUCACCUAUGGCAGUUGGAAUCUGGUAGAUCGCUCGACCCUAUCCCUGCGACUACCGGCCCUUGGCCUGAUUUCUCCAGCGUGACGGCCGCAACUUCUGGUCCGUUCACAGUACCGUCGAGCUUGACGCUGAUCGAUUCUCCUAGCGUAUCAUCCCCAAGCUCGGACGGCGGUAACAGUUCUCAGUCACGGGCUGUCAUCCGUUGUGAAGUCUGUCCCACAAGCUUUGCUUUGGGGAUGCAGAAUGUUAUGUUUACUGGAACCCUCUUGAAUGUCGUUGCCGAUGCCUGGCUGCGAGUGUCGCAAGCUGACGCUGAAGAACUCGGCAAGUUAGCAGCGCCGUCAGCUUAUGUGGCUUCAGUGACGCAGAACUCCCCGAACCCCGCGGAGGCUUGGAAGGAUUGGCUUCGACAAACUGUGAGGAGCGCUAUUACAGGCGGCCCGGUAGAUCCUGCUGGUCAGGUGAAGUGCUCGGAUUCGCCAACAUUACUUUCUCUCAUUGAGGAAAUGGAAGCCCGCCAGCACAGAUGGCAUCGAUCUCGAACCGUGGAAUCCCCAAACGAACCCAGAUCUUGUUCACCUGUCUCCCAUGAGGACCAUCGUGAAGAGGAUAUGCUUUGUUUUCGUGUAAUCCGAAGCGCCAGAGAUGUUAUAGCCAAGUUUGAAUUUGCACCGUACGAGUACCCGGAUGGUGCGGUUCCGGUAUGA